ACAGAGAGCGCGACAGAAACCAACUGUUGGCGAAACCGAGGGCUGACACCAAGCUAGUGUGUGGAGGAGCGAGCAGACAAGGCUGAGCAGACGAAAAGAAACGGACCCAGAGCUCCCAUGGCAAGCAAUAACACGGCCAGCAUCGCACAGGCCCGGAAGCUGGUGGAGCAGCUGAAGAUGGAGGCCAACAUCGACAGGAUAAAGGUGUCGAAGGCAGCGGCAGACUUAAUGUCAUAUUGCGAAGCUCAUGCCAAAGAAGACCCGCUCUUGUCGCCGGUGCCAGCAUCGGAGAACCCCUUCAGGGAGAAGAAGUUUUUCUUUGGAGAGCACCACCAGUGGAAGUUAGCUGGCUCCACAAGCAGCCCCCCAGCACCUGGUUCUCCUCAUACACUCCUUACACCGAUGGCCUCCUCCGCCCCGCACAACUUCUCCUGGGUGGAGCCAGGCAAACUGGCUGGACUAGCGAUGCCCAGGAUGACUUGUGAAUACCAGUUCCUUUUGGACAAUGGCAUCAAACACCUGGUCUGCCUGUGCGAGAGGAAACCGCCUAACCACGACACGUGCCCCGAGCUCCAGCUUCACCAUAUCAAGAUAGUGGACUUCACUCCCCCUACACCAAGUCAGAUUGAUAGAUUUCUCUCCAUAGUGGAAGAGGCCAAUGCCAAGGGCGAGGGCGUGGCUGUGCACUGCAUGCACGGCCACGGCAGAACAGGGACCAUGCUGGCCUGCUACCUGGUGAAGACGAGGCGGAUUGCUGGGAUUGAUGCAAUCAACGAGAUCCGCAGAAUAAGGCGCGGCUCCAUCGAGACCCAGGAACAAGAGAAGGCCGUGGUUCAGUUUUACCAGCGCACAAAGUAACCUCAAGGGACUCAAGUUGUGCUUUUAUUGAAGGCAGAACGCCCAAACAUAGUUGAAUUCUUAAUUAAAAGACGACAGGGAUAUACAGGAAAGAGUCUUUAAACCGUUAAAAGUACAAAUUUGCGGAAUUCUAAGUUAAACACAUGCUUGUGGCCUAAAAUAUGGUAGCAUACGUCAUCAGUUGGCUGGCAAAUUGUUCUUUUAUUUUUACACCCCGCUGAGAGUUCUUGAACCUGCCUUCACGUGCUGGACGGCAGGGAAAAGAGUCGCUGACGCUCCCUAAACGGCAGCUUUUCAGGUGCUGAUCCUCUCUUUAUUUUCCCCUCCGGACUUCUGCCAAAAGGAGAAAACAUAACAUCAGAAAUACUUGAAUUUCAGGUCUGCAGACUAGUUUAACUCAGGGACGUUUUCUCCUGUGUUUUCAAGCAAAGGUACAUGUUUUUCUUUUCGUGAUGACAUUGUAGACAUGGUGGAGGAGGAUUCCGCUUGGUGUUAAAAAACACAUUUAACUAUAAUGUAAAUGCUGUGAGGCUUUAAACUGUACACUCACUCUUUUGUUGCCAUGUUGUGGACAUCUUGUUUGGCUACAUUACCUCUUAGCUCUAAAAAAGAAUGUGAAUAAUGAGAAUAUCAAAUCAAAGAAAUGUCGGAUACACUUGAAUCAAAUUAAACUAAUAGUAGCACAUUUGCUUGUCUUUUUAUUUUAUUUUUUUUCCUUGGG